AUGGCCACAAAGACAGACUUAGGCCGUGGCCAGCUUUCGACAGCUGAGUGUCGAUGUUCCAUCCGAGAUGUCAGGUGCUGGUUGAUCUUUGCACGUCCCCCUGGCAAAGGCUACAAGGAGUGGCCGGUGCAUGAUUGGCCACCAGAGCUAGCUGGCCAUCCAUGGGGGCCCAGUGUGCCACUGGAAGAAAUCGAAGACUACAAGCAGGUUGAUGGCUCCAUUUUGCUGCUGGUACAUGCUACGGGCUUGCAGGCUGUGGCCACUGAGAUCCACUUCAAGAAUUGGUCCAAAGAGCUGAAGAGCUUUAUGAAUGGCAAGAAAACAGAGGAUUACCUCCUCCGUGACAGGCAUGGCAACAACAUUCCAUGGCUGGACAGCAUCGAGCGAAUAGAGCCCCCAGCUGCAGAUAACUUUCCGCUGGUCAUCCUGCACCGGCAGGAGUGAGACGGUGGAUAUUUGGAGCGAACAAUCAUGGCCAACCAUGAAGGAAUUGGGACCAGGUUCAACCUGGCAAUCCGUGAGUCCUGAAAUCGAUUGGUCUGACCUCGGGAGGGAUCUCUUGAUCAUUCCAAGGCGAGGAAAGGAUAGGACAGGUCUCAGAUUUUGGGAGGUC